UCGAGGUCUGUGUCUCUUGCUGGGAAAAGUUUCAAGGAGUAGGCUGGAAAAGAAAAUCCUUUGAAGUUGUCAUCUCCUAGGACAGAAAUGUAAUGGAUGAGUGCUGUAAAGGGAAGAGGGUAAGCUGAGAAGGGUGCAGUUAUGCGAGUGAGCUUCCUUCUGGAAAAGUUACAAACCUGGAGUUUAGGUAAGAUUUUCUACGGGUGUGUGACAGUGUUUGGCCCUCUGCAGGGGAGGGCAUCUGGAAGGAGUCAACACUGCGUGCUGUUGUUCUUGCAGCUACGAUAACAGCAAGAAUUAAUUAAUUAAUGAAAAUUGUUUUCAUUAAAAAUAGUGGGAGAAGCCAGCCAUGGUGAUCAGCUGUGGGGGGCAGGGGCCAAGCAGUAGCUAAUUACAGCAUUUAUAAUGACAUUAACCUUUAAUCGCAUAGUCCACUAGCGGACUAAGAUCACUAAAAAAAGUAACAACCCCCCCAUCAAACCAUGUAACAGUGUCCUAUGCAAUUGCAUUUUGCCACCCCAGGACUUCAGGCUGUGGCAGAAACUUCAGACAUGCUCAUGGAUUCCCAGGGUAAAAGAUACUGUGUCAGAAACUUGUUCCUGGAGACCAUCUCUCUCUUGACAGCUGCCCUCUGGGUCAAGAGAGGACUUUCUUAGUGCUGAGUGAAAGGUAACUUUAAAGGUCAGAUUAUCCUCUAGUCUUGUGGGGGCCACUGAGGAAAAACCGACACGCGUCCUGUCUGCCUUUUUCCAUAGGUGUAAAGCUGGCCCUGAUUCUGGAAAUAAUGAGGUUAUAUUUAGCAGUAAAGUGCAUUAUGUCAGACCAGUUCCAGUGGCAACAAACCUUUUAAUGAAAAAGCAUUAAGCAAGAGAACUUUUUAACAAUAAACGUCUUCCUACACUUAGCACAUUAGGGUGCAUAAUCACCCCUCUGCAUGGUCUUUGGCAUAAUAUGUACGGUACUGAGUAACUGGCAAGCUACUUGGCAUUUGUAGAGCAUCAAACAGUAGAUGCUAAGUCAGUCAGUGCAUCUAAAUAAUUAUAUAUAAGAAAUACUUGUGGAAAUUAACCCCUCCAUCUUAUAGAAAUAACCAUGGCAAUCUGUGUGGAGAUAGCAGCUAUUACUGCCCACAUACCGAUUGGUUUUGUUUCCCUACCUAACCCUGAGGUAAACAGAGUAACUGGCAGAGAAUAUGAAGUGUUUUCUUUACUCCUUAAUGCUUUUCAGUGGAUUCUGCUAACGCAGUUGCAUUGGCUAGUUGCUCCUGCUAAACUAUAAAAUCGCUCAGGAGGGGAACCAUUUGAGAAUUGCUUGAGAGCAAGCCAGAAACAUAAUGCCUGCAUACAUAAAAUAUAUUUUAAAAGGAAAAAGUUAAGGCUCAGUGGGAAUUGUUGGUGAUCUGCCUCUCUUAAGAUGAAGUUUACAGUUUUCCUUUAUCAAAUAAUUUUAAGGCAAGCAACUCCUCAGGUUUAGAAGAAGAAAAAGAAAGGUCUGUAAUAACAACAAAAUACCUGUGUGGUUUUAUUUUUAGUCUAUGAGGACAAACACAUAGAGGACAAUACCAGAUUCUUGGGUUUGUUCUCCUAUUUUAAGCUCCUUGGCUAUAUAUUUACUGCAGGUUUUCUAGAAGAAUUUCUAGUAUUCAAGGUCCAGAUUUCUAUCCUAGGUGUACCUGUGCUCCGCUGGUACCUGCUUGUGCUUCUGCUCUUCUUAUGUAGCAACGUGGAGUUGAUCUGAAAUACGACUGAAGUCUGACUGUAAGUCCGGUCAGUCCAACUCUUAAAAACUCUCAUGUUCACCAAGACUGCCACUUGGUCGUUUCCAGGAUGGUUUAUGUUCUGUUUUAACCUUACAGUGAUUGUGUCAGUGUAUCUUAUCCAUGGCCUCCGCCUCCUGCGUGCUGCAUUUAUCUACCACAGCAGUAUAAUCCUCCGCUUUUCAGCCAGGCGCUUGACAAUUAAGACACGAUCUCUCCUACUUAAGGUGUGUUAGACAACGGUUUCUUGCUCUGGCCAAGUCUCUAGGACACGACCCGUGAAAUAAAAUAGUUGAGGAGGCAGCUAAGAGCUUACCUAUGGAGCUGAGUGAGAAGGGAGGUGUGGAGAACAAUGGAUUUGUUCAAAAUGAGGCUUUUGAUGACAAGGAAACAGAUACCAGUAGCCAAGAAGAAAUGCCAAAACCAUGCGCUGUUGAUGUGAACCCGGUGGCUGAGGAAGAGACAGUGCUGAAACCUUAUGCCGGGAUGCCAAAGGAGGUCUUGCUGAAGUUCUCCAACCAAGCCCGGUACAGAAUCACCAGGGAGAUUCUCUUCUGGCUCAUAAUUGCUGGUGCUGCUGCACUUGUGUGUGCUACGAUUGCAAUUAUUGCUCUCUCUCCAAAGUGCCUUGACUGGUGGCAAGCUGGUCCUGUUUAUCAGAUCUAUCCUCGUUCCUUCAAGGACAGCAACAUGGAUGGGAAUGGGGAUCUGAAAGGCAUCCAAGAAAAACUGGACCAUAUUACAUAUUUGAAUAUAAAAACCAUCUGGAUCACCUCUUUCUUUAAGUCCCCUUUAAAAGACCUUGGAUAUGGAGCUGAAGACUUCUAUGAUGUUGAUCCCAUUUUUGGAUCAAUGAGUGAUUUUGACAAUCUGAUUGCAGCCAUACAUGACAGAGGGCUGAAGGUGAUAAUGGAUUUAAUACCAAACCACACAAGUGACAAACACCGAUGGUUUCAGCUGAGUCGCAACCGGACUGGGAAGUACACAGAUUACUACAUCUGGCAGGACUGCACGGAGGCUGCUGGUUCAGUCAUUCCUCCAAACAACUGGGUGAGUGUCUUUGGGAAUUCCAGCUGGCAGUUUGAUGAUGUGAGAAAGCAAUGUUAUUUUCAUCAGUUUGGGAAAGAACAGCCAGACUUGAAUUUUCGCAACCUUGAUGUCCAACAAGAAAUCCAUGAUAUUAUAAAAUUUUGGCUCAACAAAGGAAUUGAUGGAUUUAGUUUCAGCACUGUUAAAUUUCUCUUAGAAGCAACGCAUCUCCGAGAUGAACCUCAAGUGAACAAGUCUCAAAAUGGAGAGACUAUCACAGCCUAUUCCCAGCUCUACCAUGACUACACGACCGCACAGGUUGGUAUGCAUGAUAUCAUCCGUAGCUUCCGUCAGACCAUGAAUGAGUUCAGCAGAGAACCUGGUCGAUACAGAUUUAUGGGUUCUGGUGAUGAUGAAAAGGAAGACAUUGAAGCAACAAUGAUGUAUUAUGGAACAACUUUCAUCCAAGAAGCAGAUUUUCCCUUCAAUUUCAACCUAAUGAACAUGAAAAAUCUGUCAGGCAACAGUAUUUUUGAAGCUGUUGACUCGUGGAUGAAAAACAUGCCUGUGGGAAAAUGGCCAAACUGGGCUGUUGGAAGCCCUAAUGCUGCUCGGAUUUCAUCUCGCGUUGGGAAGGAGUAUGUCAAUGUUAUGAAUAUGCUGCUUUUAACCCUGCCUGGAACUCCUGUAACUUACUAUGGUGAAGAAAUAGGCAUGGAGAACAUUGUAUCAGAAAAUGUGACCUUUCCAGAGAAAUCCCCCAUGCAGUGGGAUGGAGAAGUUAAUGCUGGUUUUACUGAAGGCAACAGUAGCUGGUUACCUGUUAACUCCAACUACCAAAGUGUAAAUGUGGAAAUCCAGAGGACCUGGUCCAACUCAACCCUGAAUUUGUACAGAGAGCUGACGCAACUUCGCAACAACGAGCUCCCCAUCAAUCGGGGCUGGAUGUGCUACAUCUGGAAUGACAGUGACGUGUUUGUGUAUGUGAGGGAACUGGAUGGGUUAGACAGAACCUUCAUGAUGGUCCUCAACUUCGGGCAGGAAUCGACAAUAGACCUGACAGCUAUAGUUCCUAAUCUUCCCUCUGAAGCUGUUAUAAGGCUAAGUACUAAUUUUAGCAAUGCUGGUAAAGCUGUCUCCACCAAACUAAUUAAAACUGAAAUGGGAGAAGGCCUGGUCCUCGAAUAUAAAACAGCAAAGCCUGUCCAUACUAUGGAAGCUUUUCAAGGGAAGUGUUUUGUGGCAGAAAAAGCUUGUUAUUCCAUGGCCUUAAAUUUACUCUACAUGAACUGUUAAGUACAGGAGUAGAAUAACUAAGCUUUCAUGUUAAUUUAGAAGAUAUUGGUUUCAAGGAAAUGCUAAAAACAUUCAGUUUUCUUUGGCUUUUCAAACUUUGUACAAAAUAACCUGAAAACUAAAACAGACACCUAAUGCCUUGUAUGUGAAUUGGUGAUGAAAAGUAUGGUAUAAACUCCCCUUUAGGAUCUGUGGAGAAGAAAAGUAAACCUAUAAAAAACU